UGUCCUUGGAGUGAGCUCUGUGCCUGUGGUGAUGCAGGGCGGCCCACAAAGGAGACAUUCAGUCGGUCCCCAGCUCAGGAUCCUGUCCCCAGCUCAGGAUCCUGUCCCCCUGAAUCUGGACUAAUGCUCUUAACCCUGCUGGGGCUGGAAGAGCAGCCAGCAGAUCUGGGCUGGAGCCCUGCUCCUUUCCCGUGCUCUCUGCAGGUUGUAAAUGACUCUGUCUGUCUGCUCUGCCCAUCCUCCCUUUGGGAUCUGCAGGGAUCCCUUUGGGAUCUGCAGGGAAGCACCAGCAGCCAUCCUGGUCUCUCUCCUCCUUCCCAGGCCAUCACACCACUGCUCUGCAGGAGUCAUGUUCCACUUAGUGAAGUUUCAUCCUCCUAGGAAUUGUUCUGGUGUUAAAAACUUGGAAAACUCAUGUUUUUUCAGCUCUCUGAUCCUUGAAGACCUCUUUUUCUGAAGCAAUUAUUGUGAUUCCUGUCCUUGCAAUGGCUGAGUCUCAGCUAUUACCUGUUAAAAGCAGGAGCAUGUAGACCAAGCCUGUCAUGGAGUCCUCAGCUUUCAUCCCAUCCUCCUGCAAAACCAGAAUAGUGACUCUCAUGACUACGUGAGAAGCUGCCAGCAGCAGGUCUGAGCUUUGAGUCUCCUGUUCAAAAUGAGUUUCUAACCUGAUGCAUCGACUGCUCUGGCUAGAAAAGCAAUUGCAGGAAGAAGAAUGCCAACACGAAGAUGAAGUAGAGCGUUUCCCAUGCUGGCUGCACGCUGGUGUCGGCCGGGGAGGGACGGGCUCUCACCUCUGGCCAAACCCGUUCCUGGGACAAGAUGAAGCCAAGGAGGAGCUUCCUGCCGCGCUGGAGCCGCAGUGACUGCUGCCCUCUUUAAAGCCCAUGUGCCACCGUCCCUGGCGAGAUGAAAGAAGUGGUGCUGUGGUCACCCGAGGAGGUGACCAGCUGGCUGACGGACAAUGCCGUGCCGGAGUACUGUGAGCCCCUGAAGAACUUCACCGGGCGGGACCUCAUCAACCUGACGGAGGAGGAUUUCAAGAAGUCCCCUCUGUCCCGGGUGUCUUCCGACAGCGGCCAGCGGCUGUUGAACAUGAUCGAGGGGCUGAAGAUGGCUCACCACAUGGAGGCUCACAAGAACGGCCACGCCAACGGGCACGUGCGCGCCGGCGACGCCGCGCGCCAGAACGGCUUCGGCGCCGCGCUCAAGCUCAAUGGGGUCCCCAAUGGCUUCAAGAAGGAGAUGAUCAAGAUCCCCAUGCCGGAGCCGGAGCGCUCGCAGUAUCCCAUGGAAUGGGGCAAAACUUUCCUGGCUUUUAUUUAUGCACUUUUUUGUUUCGUCUUCACCACGGUGACUAUCUCGGUGGUUCAUGAACGAGUACCUCCCAAGGAGGUGCAGCCUCCCCUCCCAGAUGCAUUUUUUGAUCGCUUUGAUCGGGUGCAAUGGGCUUUUUCUAUUUGUGAAAUCAACGGCAUGAUCCUUGUAGGACUGUGGUUUGUUCAGUGGCUGCUCUUAAAAUACAAUUUUGCCCAUGUUUACACCAGGAGAGGGAAGAAAAAAGUCUGGAAUACUGUUUUACAGCAGUCUAUAAUUAGCAGAAGAUUUUUCUGUAUCGUUGGCACACUAUACCUGUACCGGUGUAUUACCAUGUAUGUGACUACACUCCCAGUACCUGGAAUGCAUUUCAAGUGUUCUCCAAAGCUCUUUGGAGACUGGGAAUCUCACCUGCGAAGGAUAAUGAAGUUGAUUGCUGGCGGAGGCUUGUCCAUCACGGGCUCCCACAACAUGUGUGGGGACUACCUGUACAGUGGCCACACCGUCAUCCUAACCCUCACCUACCUGUUCAUCAAAGAGUAUUCCCCACGGCGACUCUGGUGGUACCACUGGCUCUGCUGGGCGCUCAGCAUGGUGGGGAUGUUCUGCAUCCUCCUUGCUCAUGACCACUACACUGUGGACGUGGUGGUGGCUUACUACAUCACUACAAGGCUAUUCUGGUGGUACCACACAAUGGCCAACCAGCAAGUGCUAAAAGAAGCUUCCCAAACUAACCUCCUUGCAAGGGUCUGGUGGUACAAGCCCUUCCAGUACUUUGAGAAGAAUGUCCAAGGAAUUGUACCUCGCUCCUACCACUGGCCCCUGCGGUGUCCGGCGCUGGCGCGGGGCCGGCAGGUCAAGUACAGCCGCCUGGUGAGUGACACGUAACAGUGUCACCAGAGCCCCGAAAGGACCUGUCCCAAGUGCUCACAACUCCAAGAGAAGAUGCCAUAAACAAAAAUCCACCGCUCCCUAACCCUUUCUUUAGCAGCUCCCUGGACCUGACCUUUUCAGUUACCUGGUAAGCACUGUGAUCUUUUUUUCUCUCCAAAGGAUCUGCGUUGGACAACAAUAAAGAGAAUUUAACUGAUCAUGCACUGUUACACAUUUCUUGUUGGUAGAGUUGGGAUUUGCAUUUGCCCAUCACCAUGUUCCUUUGUAUAUGAUGCGACAACAUAGAUGAAAAGCUUUUAUAUCAUAAGUUCUGGUCUUUCCAGUCACGUCUGGGAACAAAGCAUAUUAUUUUCUUGGGAAAACAUACUUUUCAUAUCUCUUGCCCCAAAGAUUGGGCUGUAAGCCAUUUUCUAGCAAAUGACUAUAUGAAGGUUUCUAAAUAUCUGCCUUGGGUGAAGUCAAGAAAUCUUUCUACCUGUUGCACCGCGCUAUGAAUAAGGUGAUAGACACAGAAAGGUUUGGUAAAUCCUGAUUUUGUAGAUUCUGCAGUGACUGUGUCAAAAAAGUGCAAAAAAAAAAAGAAAAAAACCAAAAAAAAGAAAAAAUGUAAAGUGAUUUUCUAAGUAUUUCCUAACUUUAUUUUUCAAAAUGUGUAUGAAAAAAAAUAAAUUUAAAAAGAUUUUUACAUGUCAAAGAAUAGAGAGUUAAAAAAAUUUAAAGAAAAUGCUUCUUGGGAGAGAGAGAGAGAGAGAUUUGUCUAUGUUUCUAGUGCCUUUCUUGUCUUGAUUGUAUGGUCAGUAGGCAGUCUUAAAUGUUUUUAUUUAAAAUAAAGUAUUCCAUGAAAGCAGAAUUAUAUAUACUGUAUAAUUACUAAUUUUUGCAUUUAUAGCUAAAUUAAACUGGAAAUUUGCUUAUAAUGUUGAAAUUGCCACGUGUAGGGAAAAACCUCACACCCCACCAAAUAAAAAAAACGGUCCGACCUUGCUCACACAUUGUGGGCAGGUCAAGCUAAAAAAGUAUCACUUUAUUGUCUACUUGGUAGCUGGAUUUUAAAAAGCAAAACAGCCAUGAAUUCCUGUUUUUUAAGAAUUUUACAAAUGAUCACUGAGUGAACUAUGAACGGUUUCUCCAUCCCCUUAUCGGAGUGUUGUUGAAAAACAACAAAGAUAAUCUAUUUCUUUAAAAUAUUUGUGCAGAAACUGCAUGUAAUUCUAAGUUUUCACUCCUACCAUACAUACUGUAUGUUUGGGGAAGUCUCCUAUCCUAAACUUGCCAAUGUGCAGAACAAAAAUAGUUUUUAUAAAAAAAAGAAUGAAGAAGAGAAAAAUAUAUAUAUAAAUAUAUAUAUAUAUAUCCAUUCUGUAUUUUACGUGAAGCAGAGUUAUCUUCUGUAGGUUUUUUGUGUAUUCACAAGGUGAUAUUUGUAUUGUAAAACAACAAUGGUGAAGGAAAAUAAAAAAGGCUUUUGAAAAA